GAGAAGAGAAGCAAUAAUAAAAACCUUGGCGGCGUUUGCAGCAGUUUUGCUUAAAUUUCCUCGCACCAUUUAUCAUCAUUACUCUCUCCAUCUGCUCCCAAAUCUGCUCCUUCUAUAAUACCAAACACAUAUAUAUCUCCCAAGUCUAGCUACAAAUUAAUGAGCUAGAUAGCAAAAGAGAAAGUGGAAGCAGGAGAAGAAAUGGCUGGAUUGUUCUAUCUAGGAGGGAGAGAUCACAACAACAAACAAGACCAUCAUCAUCAUCAAGACAAGGAUCAUAACGAAGACAAGAGCAACAAUUAUCUCUAUCUAUACAAAGACGAGAUCUACAACAACAACAAGGGUUUUGAGAUUUGGCCACCUCAAUAUUUUCAACAGCAUCAACAAAACCAAGUGGCUGCUCCAACAAAUCUCUACUCUUUUGGUAUGGUCCCAAGUGGUGGUAGCAGUAACACUAAUAACCGGGGUACUAACCGGAGUUUGUACUUCAACGUCGUCUCCGACCAUGAGCCGGUGAGAACCUCUACAGGAGGGUUUACGGUGACGAGGCAAGGAAACAUGAAUUGCCAAGACUGUGGGAAUCAAGCCAAGAAAGAUUGUCCUCAUAUGAGAUGUCGUACUUGUUGUAAGAGCCGAGGGUUUGAUUGCCAAACACACGUGAAGAGCACGUGGGUCCCCGCUGCUAAACGCCGUGAGAGACAGGCUCAGUUAGCUUCUUUGCCAGCUAAGCGGAUAAGAGACGCUAGCUCUGGCGGUGGUGAUGACGAUGAUGGUGAUGGUGAUGGUGACGACAGAGAGGACGAGAAAAAUGGCCUUGGAGACGACAGUAAUUGUGCUGGUGGCUCGGCUCUUGCUUGCACCCGUGUGGUUAAUGCUAAUUCUUUAGGGUUAGAGACUAGUCAUUUACCACCGGAGAUAAGUUCACUGGCGGUUUUCCGGUGUAUGAGAGUCAGCUCAAUCGACGAUGAAGACGAAGAGUAUGCUUAUCAAACGGCUGUAAACAUCGGAGGACACGUGUUCAAAGGCAUACUCUACGACCAAGGUCCAUCGGAUCAUCACCGCUACAGUUCCAGCCUUAACGCCGAAACCUCUCAACACCACCAUUUAAACCUCUUGGACUCGACAGCUUCAGCAGCUGCUACAACCGCCGUGACCGUCGUUAACAAUAAUAACGGAUCGAUUGACCCGUCGUCCCUUUACACUGCGGCGGCGGCGGCUCCGUUCAAUGCAUUUGUCGCCGCCGGUACGCCUUUCUUUGCACCUCCUAGAUCUUGAGAUCUCAACAUAUGAAGAUGUUAUAUAAGUCUUUAAAACGUUUAUGAUUAGGUAUAAUUACUCUUAUAACUAUGAGAGAUCUACGAGUACGAGAGAUGGUUUAUUUGAGUAUUUUUGUUGUUGUCGGACAAUAUGGUGACUUGUCGUACCUACCUAGGGUUUGUGAGUACUGAUUAACAUGCACAUCGUACGUUUCCUUGAGAUAGAUGAGAGAUUAUUAUUGUCAUAUUUAAAAAUAAA